UGAUGUGUCCUUCCGCUGCCAACAAAAGAACUAGCUAGCCGACUACAAAAAAACGGCAAUCGGAAAAACGUACACUGUAAAUCUUCUGCAAUUAAACAGCUAUUCUAAGAAUUCACAUGUAUUUAUUUGAUAGAAACGUUUUUAUUUCUAGAUCUAUAUAUUUGCGGCGGUAGGAUAUAUAUAUAUAUAUUUUUUUUUUAAACCUCUACAUAUAUAUAUUUUUGUCCUCCGUUGGAAGCCAUGAUGGAAGCGUGAGAGAAACGCAAAAAGAAGAUGCUUCCCGGAACAUAUGUCAAACGAGUCUGUGCAAAUAUUUUGUCUUUGUAUAGCCAUUAUACAUGCACAUUGGAGCCUGACACUUUUUGGCAAUCCAUCGGCGAAGAUGUUGAUUCGCUAGGAGGUUUUUGGAUUUUUUAAAAAGUGGGUAGCUAUUGCAGCUCGCUAGAUGGCUAGCUAAGUCUGAGUGGAUACGGUAACUAAUUACUGCUGGGCUUUCCGAGGGCCGGUAGUCUUCAAAUUCGAGCGAGCGCCGGAGAGUUAUCUCCUCGCUGGUCGGUCAAUCACGGCGGCUUCGGUAGAUCAAGAGAUUCGGACCGUCUUAUGCCUUACGGUUAGGCGGGAGGAUUAUUGUAUGUAUUUUUCAAGGGGGAGUUGCAAGACACAUUCCAGUAUUGGGAAAGUUUGGCCUGGGCGGAAGAGCAGAGCAAGGCCCGUCACUAUGAUCCAGAGAAAAAGCCAUUCUAGCUAGCUAACGCGUUAAUCCUACUCACGACGACGACCACUGCUGGCUUGUCUCACUGCGAGGAAGGAGCUGCAAAAUCAAAAAAGCAAAGGGCGAUCGAGAGGCAAAGCCAUUGCAAACCGAAGCAACGGCAGCUAGCUAACUUUUCAUAAUUUGAAACCCACAGACUCCUGUCACUAGCCAGCAAGCUAGUUAGCUACAAUGGCUGCGAUAAUAAAAGAAAUGGUCAGCCGGAACAAAAGGAGAUACCAGGAGGAUGGGUUCGACUUGGACUUAACGUAUAUCUAUCCAAACAUCAUUGCUAUGGGCUUUCCUGCAGAACGGCUCGAAGGAGUGUACAGAAACAAUAUAGACGACGUUGUACGGUUUCUUGACUCAAAACAUAAAAGCCAUUAUAAGAUUUACAAUCUUUGUGUAGAACGACACUAUGAUGCUGCCAAAUUUAACUGCAGAGUUGCACAGUACCCCUUUGAAGACCACAAUCCGCCUCAGCUAGAGCUCAUCAAGCCAUUCUGUGAAGAUCUGGACCAAUGGCUGAGCGAGGAUGACAAUCAUGUGGCGGCCAUCCACUGCAAGGCAGGGAAGGGCCGCACUGGGGUGAUGAUCUGCGCCUACCUCCUGCACCGCAGCAAGUUCCAAGAGCCCCAGGAGGCCCUCGACUUCUAUGGGGAAGUGCGGACAAGGGACAAGAAGGGAGUGACAAUCCCGAGCCAACGGCGCUAUGUGUACUACUACAGCCACCUGCUGAAGAACAAGCUGGACUACAAGCCAGUGGCUCUGCUCUUCCAUAAAAUGGUGUUUGAGACGCUGCCAAUGUUCAGCGGAAGCACCUGCAGGGACAGUACCAUUAAAAACAGGAGCGAGCCGAUCCCUCUGGGCUUCAAGAAAGGGAAUUGGCAUUGGGAUCCUCAGUUUGUGGUGUAUCAACUUAAAGUCAAGAUCCACACAUCCAACCCGGCUCACACACGGAGGGAAGAAAAGCACAUGCUAUUUGAGUUUCCCCAACCGCUGCCCGUGUGUGGAGACAUCAAAGUGGAGUUCUUUCACAAGCAAAACAAAAUGAUGAAGAAGGAUAAGAUGUUCCACUUCUGGGUUAACACCUUCUUCAUUCCCGGGCCAUCGGAGGAGAGCAUGGAGAAGGUGGAGAACGGGUCGGUGGUGGUGGUGGUGAACGACAUGGAAGGGGUCCAGAACCAGCACCCGGGCGGCCCCCAUGCCCAGCCCCCCCAGAGCACCAAGCGCAGGGACAGCGGCAAAGACAGUGACGGGGACUACCUCAUCCUCUCGCUGACCAAGAAUGACCUGGACAAGGCCAACAAAGACAAAGCUAACCGCUACUUCUCACCUAAUUUCAAGGUAAAGUUGUAUUUCACAAAAACCGUGGAAGAUUCUUUGAAUUCCGAGGUGAGCACUUCGACAUCCGUCACUCCGGACGUUAGCGACAAUGAGCCUGACCAUUAUCGAUAUUCCGACACCACUGACUCUGAUCCGGAAAAUGAACCUUUUGACGAGGAACAGCACACGCAAAUCACAAAAGUGUGAACUUUUUUUUAUCAGGAAUAAGAUGUACACCAGAGGGAAAAAAGGAGAGAACUUGAAUAUGAACUCAAAAGUAGAACCUUUGUCCCCCUACCUCCCCCAAAAUGGCAAUAGAACAUCAUCAUGUCAAAUGGCAAUUUUAUUUUAAAAAAUUAUCCUGACCAAUAUGUUUUUAUUAUUUUAUUUGGCGCGGCCGUGUACCAUGCGCAAAGUAUUGACACUGUUGGCCCAUGGGGAAAGGUGCUUGUGUAUGUGUGUAUGUGUAUAUAAGUGUGUGUGUGUGUGUGUGUGUGUGUGUGUGUGUGUGUGUGUGUGUGUGUGUGUGUGUGUGUGUGUGUGUGUGUGUGUGUGUGUGUGUGUGUGUGUAUAUAUAUAUAUAUAUAUAUAUAUAUAUAUAUAUAAGUUUGGACACACCUACUCAUUCCAGGGUUUUUCUUCAUUUUUACUGUUUUCUGAAAUAACACAUAUGAAAUCAUGUAGUAACCAAUAGUGCUAAACAAAUCCAGAUAUAUUUUAUAUUUGAGAUUCUUUGAAGUAGCCUACAUUUGCCUUGAUGACAGCUUUGCACACUCUUGGCAUUCUCUCAACCAGCUUCAUGAGGUAAUCACCUGGAAUGCAUUUAAAUUAACAGGUGUGCCUUGUUAAAAGUGAAUUAAAGUUAAUGCGUUUCAGCCAAUCAGUUAUGUUGUUACAAGGUAGGGUUGGUAUAUGGAAGAUAGCCCUGUUUUGUAAAAGACCAAGUCCAUAUGAUGGCAAGGACAGCUCAAAUAAGCAAAGAUAAACUACAGUCCAUUACAUGAAGGUCAGUCAAUCUGGAAAAUCUCAAGAACUUUUAAAGUUUCUUCAAGUGCAGUCGCAAAAACCAUCAAGCGCUAUGAUGAAACUGGCUCUCAUGAGGACCGCCACAGGAAAGAAAGACACAGAGUUACCUCAGCUGCAGUUGAAAGUUCAUUAGAGUCACCAGCCUCAGAAAUCGGCAAUUAACUGCACCUCAGAUUGCAGCCAAAAUAAAUGUUUCACAGAGAUCAAGUAACAGAAUGUGUUCUUAACUGACUUGCCUAGUUAAAUAAAAUAAAUAAACAGACAUCUCAACAUCAACUGUUCAGAGGAGACUGAAUCAGGUCUUCAUGGUCAAAUUGCUGCAAAGAAACCACUACUAAAGGACACCAAUAAUAAGAAGAGACUUGCUUGAGCCAAGAAACACGGGCAAUGGACAUUAGACCGGUGGAAAUCUGUCCUUUGGUCUGGAGUCCAAAUUGGAGAUUUUUUAUUCCAGACACCAUGUCCUUGUGAGAUGCAGAGUAGGUGAACAGAUGGUCUCUGCAUGUGUGGUUCCCACCAUGAAGCAUGGAGGAGGAGGUGUGGGGAUGCUUUGCUGGUGACACUGAUUUAUUUAAAAUUCAAGGCACACUUAACCAGCAUGGCUAACGAAGCAUUCUGCAGCGAUAUGCCAUCCCAUCUGGUUUGGGCUCAGAGGAACUAUCAUUUGUUUUUCAACAGGACAAUGACCCAAAACAUACCUCCGGGUCAAAAAGUGCUAUUUGACCAAGAAGAAGUGUGAUGGUGCUGCAUCAGGGGCGGCAGGUAGCCUAGUUGGGCCAGAGUGUUGGGCCAGUAACGGGAAGGUUGCUAGAUCUAAUCCGUAAGCUGACAAGGUAAAAAUCUGCCGUUCUUCCCCUGAACAAGGCAGAUAAGAAUUUGUUCUCAUCAGACUUGCCUAGUUAAAGGUUCAAUAAAAUUAAAAAUCAGAAGACCUGGCCUCCACAAUCACCUGACCUCAACCCAAUUGUGAUGGUUUGGAAUGAGUUGGACCGCAGAGUAAAGAAAAAUCAGCCAACAAGUGCUCAGCGUAGGUGGGAACUCCAAGACUGUUGGAAAAGCAUUUCAGGUGAAGCUGGUUGAGAGAAUGCCAAGAGUGUCAAAGCUGUCAUCAAGGCAAAGGGUGGCUACUUUAAAUAAUCAAAAAUAUAUUUUGAUUUGUUUAACACUUUUUUUUGGUUACUACAUGAUUCCAUAUGUGUUAUUUCAUAGUUUUGAUGUCUUCACUAUUAUUCUACAAUAUAGAAAAUAGUAAAAGUAAAGAAAAACCUUGAAUAAGUAGGUGUGUCCUAACUUGACUGGUACUGUAUGUCUCUCACUACAUGACCAAAAGUAUGUGGACACGUGCUCAUCGAACAUCUCAUUCCAAAAUCAUGGGCAUUGAUAUACAUUUGGUCCCCCCCUUUGCUGCUAAUACAGCCUCCACUCUUCUGGGAAGGCUUUCUACUAGAUGUUGGAACAUUGCUGCAGGGACUUGCUUUCAUUCAGCCACAAGCAUUAGUAAGGUUAGGCACUGAUGUUGAGCGAUUAGGCCUGGCUCGCAGUCGGUGUUCCAAUUCAUCCAAAGGUGUUCGAUGGGGUUGGAAGCACAGAAUCGUCUAGAAUGUCAUUGUAUGCUGUAGCAUUAAUAUUCUCUUCACUGGAACUAAGGAAUAUUAUUCCUCCUCCACAGAACUUACAAGUUGGCACUAUAUGCAUUGGGGCAGCUACUGUUCUCCUGGCAUUCUCCAAACACAGAUUUGUCCGUCAGACUGCCAGAUGAACUCGUUUCCACUGUUCCAGAGUCCAAUGGUGCUGCGCUUUACCCCACUCCAGCCAACGUUUGGCAUUGCACAGGUUAUUCUUAGGCUUGUGUGCGUGCGGCUGCUCAGCCAUGGAAACCCAUUUCAUGAUUCUCCUGACGAACAGUUCUUCUGCUGAUGUUGCUUCCAGAGGCAGUUUGGAACUCUGUAGUGAGUGUUGCAACCCAGGACAGAUGACUUGUACACGCUUCAGCACUCAGCGGUCAUGUUCUGUGAGCUAGUGUGGCUUACCAUUUCAUGGCUGAGCCUUUGUUGCUCCUAGACAUUUCCACUUCACAAUAACAGCACUUACAGUUGACAGGGGCAGCUCUAGCAGGGCAAAAACAUUACUAACUGACUUGGUGGAAUCCUAUGACUGCCACGUUGACAGUUACUGAGCUCUAAAGUAGGGCCAUUCUUAUGCCAAUGUUUGUCUCUGGAGAUUGCAUGGCCGUGUGCUCUAUUUCAUACACCUGUCAGCAACUAGCGUUGCUGAAAUAGCCGAAUCCACUCAUUUGAAAGUGUGUCCACAUACUUUUGUAUAUAUUGUGUGUGCAGUGCUUAAUUUGCGCUGGAUCAACUCUGUUUUGGACUAUUUUGUUUCUGGAAAAUAUUUGGCCAGAUCCAGUAACUCUUAGUUGCAUGACAAAUAAUUGUAAAUUUUUGCAAUGUUAAAAUUCGAACAAAAGUGCUAAGUUCAUCCGAGUUGCCAAUUCGUUAAUUAUCCUGCCCCAACAAUGUAAUGUGAAAAAUAACAUUUUCAGCUCCGGCCUAAUAUUCUAAGAGUAGAUUCGGUUUGGGCCGGCCAGGGUUUAUGGUUUGUGCAACAUUGUAACCUAUGUUUGAGACCAACGCGUGGCAGUGGCUCCGUGAGAAGCAGGCCAAUGUCUCUUACAUAACUACAAUGAGAUUAACUUUAUAUGAUCUCUCUCCCUCUCUGCUGUGAUGGAUGUGAGCCUGCAACUCAUCUCUCCAGUGUUGCACUUCAUCAUUUAUUUCCUUAUAGAAUCGUACGAAGGGUUCGGAAGCAACUGCAGCAACCUUGAUGAAUUUAAAUAUAUUUGCCAAAGUUAUAUAAUCACUGCUGUCUGUUCAGAAAUAAAUGAAAUAAUUCAGAGCAGCCUACUACACCACGAGAAGGCCUAUUAUUUAGCUACAGAGGAUCUAUAGCUUCUUUAAAAAAAUAACCUAGCUGUGGAUUGUAGCCCAAUAACAAGAAAUAGCCUACAGUCGGGAACGCGCAGCAAAUCUGUCAGUGAAAAAGAAUAAUGCAGACAAAACAGGCCUUUCACAAUAUUUAAAGUACAAUCGAGGGAAAACACAAGUUGGAAAGCAAAUGGCUCAUGGUGAAAAUAGGAGACUAUGCUGUAGGAUACCAAAAUAUUUGAUCAACUUCCAAAUAUUGUUUUACAAGGUAAAAGGGAGAGAGGCUUUUGGCAUGAGUGCUUCAGCCAUCACCAGGGAGUGAGCUGUGCAUCAUUGGGUGAGUCAGUAACACUGGAAAUCAUUUUUAGGACUAUUAUUUCCUCAUAUUGUAGCCUACAUUAUGUUUCUCCACACACCUAGGCCUAGGCUAUUGAUGGAUUUAAGGCAGGGUCGUUUUUAUUGAUCUCAGAUUCUCAGUUUGUUGGUGUCCAAGUAGCCUGCCAUUUUUAUCAUUUGUGUGGUAUUAAAAAAUAUUAUGCCAAAGUCUGCAGUCAUGUAAAAUUUACUUAGAAUUGCAUGAAAUGUGUUUAUGAAAGGCCAAAUUUUUCCAGGACCCUAGGCUACUAAAAAUGCUCUCCAUGUGUGCAACUUCUGUAAGUGCCUCUGCUCUAUGGCACUUUUUCUCAUGCGUUCCAGAACCUCUGAACUCCCUAGGUCACCCACCUCUCUGUUUUUGUUCCGGCACCUCCGGAUUUACAAAUUAAGCUGUGUGUGUGUGUGUGUGUGUGUGUGUGUGUGUGUGUGUGUGUGUGUGUGUGUGUGUGUGUGUGUGUGUGUGUGUGUGUGUGUGUGUGUGUGUGUGUGUGUGUGUGAACAGACUUUGUGUCAAAGACGAUGGAAACGAGUAACAAUCAGGACUACGCUCCUUCUGUCAAAACCAAGGCCAGUGCUGCAGUCACUUUUUUUCUAUUCCUGUCUUCUCUCUCCCCUUUUCCUCCUACCCACGCCCCCACACAUUUUCCUCCUCCUACCCACGCCCCCACACCUUUUCCUCCUCCUACCCUCGCCCCCACACCUUUUCCUCCUCCUACCCACGCCCCCACACCUUUUCCUCCUCCUACCCUCGCCCCCACACCUUUUCCUCCUACUUCCCACACCACCCACACCUUUUCCUCCUACUUUCCACGCCCCCCACACCUUUUCCCCCUCCUACCCACACCUUUUCCUCCUCCUACCCACGCCCCCACACCUUUUCCUCCUCCUACCCACGCACCCACACCUUUUCCUCCUCCUACCCUCGCCCCCACACCUUUUCCUCCUCCUACCCUCGCCCCCACACCUUUUCCUUCUCCUACCCUCGCCCCCACACCUUUUCCUCCUCCUACCCUCGCCCCCACACCUUUUCCUCCUCCUACCCACGCCCCCACACCUUUUCCUCCUCCUACCCUCGCCCCCACACCUUUUCCUCCUACUUCCCACGCCACCCACACCUUUUCCUCCUCCUACCCACGCCCCCACACCUUUUCCUCCUCCUACCCACGCACCCACACCUUUUCCUCCUCCUACCCUCGCCCCCACACCUUUUCCCCCUCCUACCCUCGCCCCCACACCUUUUCCUCCUCCUACCCACGCCCCCACACCUUUUCCUCCUCCUACCCUCGCCCCCACACCUUUUCCUCCUCCUACCCACGCCCCCACACCUUUUCCUCCUCCUACCCACGCCCCACACCUUUUCCUCCUCCUACCCUCGCCCCCACACCUUUUCCUCCUCCUACCCUCGCCCCCACACCUUUUCCUCCUCCUACCCACGCCCCCACACAUUUUCCCUCAUCCUCCUUUACUGUGAAUGCUUCUCGUGCCCUUUGCAGGCUGUCACGCGACGAGGACUUUAGGCCUUUGAAGCUGCAUGAAGGCGGUGCGUUGGGGGCGUGGUUGAGUUAUGAAGAGGCUAAUGUCUAAAGCAUUGCCAUUCCUUUUCCCACUGUGUAUAUGUUUAAAUUAUGCAGAACAAGGCAUCUCAUUUAAUUGUCAAUGUUUUUUUGUUUUUUUCUAAAAUAAAAAAUAUAAUACACGAAACAGCAGGGAGACAAACGUUGCAAUGUCAACACUUUAUAUACAUUUAAAGGACUGUGGCCGUGUGCAUGUAUUGGAAUAUAGCGUCCAUCCCUAAUAAAUGAAUGCAAUGUUGUCUUUUCUUGCAGAAACACAUUUUCCAAUGUAUUAAGCUCUCAGGUUAUCCUGUGGAUUGACUGGUCUUUUUUGGGUGAAUUGCAUGCAUCAUGGAGGGGGAGAGUAGAAUAUGACAUGAAAGCUCAUCCAUUUGCAAUACAGUGUGAACCACCACUGAUGACAGACAUGAGCUCUUGGUCUUGUCCCACACUGGGCUACCAUUAUAGAGGUCUAACUCACAUGCACCUACACUGAACAAAAAUAUAAAGGCAACAUGUAUUGUUGUUUCAUGAGCUAAAAUAAAAGAUCCCAGAACUGUUUCACA